GUGCAUUAUUGCGAGUGAUGGGUCAUGGUGGGAGUCCCCUGCCCGUGUCCGCAGCCUGCCCACGGAGUAUAGGCUAUCGUCUGGUUUUGGGCUUGGCAGGCCAGACAUUGUCCGGCCACCAAGAAAACCCGAUUGGACAGGUUUACUCCGUUCGGAGCUGGACGCCGGGGAGCGGGGGCGAAAAUGCCACCACCUGCUCCGAGGUCCGCGGGGUCUGAAUCAUACUCUUCACGGCGCCUCUGCCCUGUCUUUGCACGACGUGUCUUUGUCCUUGAGACGUCUGCGGACGAGUAUACGUCAUAUACAGCGUGGCGACACCAGGCAGCAGCAUUCAAGUCACGACAAGCCUCCGCAUAAAGACACAGUCUCGUAGCGUCUCGAGCUCAAGGCCAAUCUCGUCUCCUGGUCUAGACACGCACACGCACACAUUACAUAAAGACAACACGAGGAGGGACAUACCAUACCAGCGCUUCUCACCACGACAGACGCCAUGUCCAACACCAUCACUAUCCGUGACGCCACCCUCGAUGACGGCGACUUCAUCCUCGGGGCCUUCGACUCGGCCAUCGAGUACCUGCCGACCAUUGGCAGCGCCGACCAGUGGGGCCCGGAGCUCUUCAGCAAGCGCCGCGGCGGCUCCUCGACCCAGGAGAUGUCGACCGUCGUCAAGUCGUCGGUCGUGCACACGGCGCACCAGGCCGCGCAUCCAGACGAGCUGUACGGCGCGAGCCGCGGCGAAGGCGACAACGGCGAGGGCCUGCUCCACGCGCGGGUCCUCAUAGCCGAGUCGAAGGUCGCGGGGGAAGAAGAGCAGCAACAGACGAGCAGCCGGCCCGUCGCCGUGCUGGCGUACCAGGACUUUGUCCCCGCGCACCUCGCCGCGCACCCAGACUUCCGGCCCAGCGCCGAGGCCAUCAACGCGCGCGAGGGCAGCUACAUCUACGUCUGGGCGCUCGUCUCGGACUUCCGCGCCGGGCACGCCGCGAGGAAGGGCGCGGGUCAGGCGCUGCUGCGCGAGACGCUGCGCAUCGCCAAGAAGCACGGCGUCGCGUGGAUGUAUGUGGAUUGCUGGACCGGCAACGAGCGGCGGUUGGUGCAAUACUACGAAAGGCAGGGUUUCAAGCUGGUCAAGGACUUUCUGUUUGAGAAGCCCGACGGGAGCAUCUGGCCGGGCUCGCUGCUCGAGAUUGACAUGGCGAAGCACGAUGCUUGAGAGUCGUGGUUCGAGCUCAUGCCGUUGACCAUCAUUACUAGCAGUGCGCGUUGUAGAAGAAUAGAAUAAUGCCCUGGCCACAGAUUGUAUAUGGAGGGCCACAUAUUAAUCACUG